AUGGAGAUAGAUGAAAUAUUACCCCCCUUACCGUUGGAGCCACCUGAUGAUUUUAACUCGGAGGGCCUUAAUGGUAAAGCGCAGCCUCCACCACCCCCCCUGCAAACGUCCAGUGACGCAGAGGAAAUGGACGUUAGCUCUGGUGGUGAUGGACACACACACACCCCAGCAGGGGGCCUGGGGCUCCACACCAAGGGCUCCAUAACCUUCAUUAAUAACCUGUCAGAUGAGGCCGAACCUAGCACCCCGUGCCCUACAACAGCCCGCCACGCACCCCCCGUCACCAAGUUCUUGCCAGACCUCAAGUUACUCAGAGACAUUAAGAUCAGUGUCAGCGUCGUAGAUACCAGCAGGAGCAAAGAUAGGAAGGUGCUGUACACAGGAAUAGGUCAGGAGGGUGGUGGUGGAGGGGAGACCAGCUCAGAGGGCCUUAAUGGUGAGUUUCAUGAUGCUGAUACAGAGCCAGGGGCAGUGGAUAGUAGGUCAGGGCUGGGGAAUGGGGUGGUCGGUGUCAGUGCAGGGAGGAGAGGGGAGGAGGCGGAGGCAGACCCGGAGAACAAAGUGGAGUUUGCGGUCCUAGAUGAGCUGGAGGACUUCAGUCAGGACUUCCUGGACAUGGAGGAUGUGCAGCAGGGGGGGUUCAGGUCAGAGGUCAAAGUUCAACAGGAGCACGCUGACGAAGUGAACCUAAAUAACUCCUAUGAGGUACGUAACCAAAGGGGCCCUGUCUUUGCCUCUGCAGAGCCUCGUCAUCGUCCACUUACUGAUCUUUUGUCACCAGCAAAAUGUCAGCUUGUGCAUCCUUUUGAUUCUUGAUGGAAGCAGCAGAAGUUCCAUAUCUUUCCUACUGGAGAUUGACAUAGUUGGUAUGCUAAGUGUCUUCAACAGUACUCUUUUAACCAUAAGGUGCUGACAAGAUGGCAUAGCCCUAGCUAAAUGGAAAACAGGAGUCAUGACCGGUUAGGGCUUCCCCCCAUCCCACCCCACCCCUUCUCCCCACCCUCAACGACUGUCUUUUCCAGGAGGACUUUGAUAAUGAUGUAGACGCUCUGCUGGAGGAGGGCAUGCCUGUGCCCAAAAAGAUGCGCCUUGCAGAGGGGGCUGCUGAGUAUGCAGGGGACAGUGACCACGCAUCCGACGGGGAUGUGGAGGGAGGUGUUCAGCCCAUGAUGACCAAAAUUAAGACAGUCCUGAAGAGUGAGUGGUGGAUGUCUGGCACUGAUCUGCCUUUGGUAAAGGUGUAUCUGAGUCUGGCACAUAUUGAUGUUGUGCGUUCAUAUCAUAUCUUACAGCGAGUGGCACACAUUGGUGUGAGAACAUUGAUGGUGUGAGGUGUGUAGUCGUUUCUGUGUCUAGUGGCAGAUUGUGUAUGUAUGUGGUGCAGAUGUGUUUCAUGUGUAGCGUCUCGUGUGUUUGGUUGCAGAUGUUUGUGUGUAGUGAUGUGUUUGUGUUUCCCAGGUCGUGGGCGUCCACCCACUGAGCCACUACCAGACGGAUGGAUCAUGACAUUCCAUAACUCUGGCAUUCCAGUCUACCUGCACAGAGAGACCAGAGUGGUGACCUGGUCCAGACCUUACUUUCUGGGGACCGGGAGCAUCAGGGUAAGACGUGGAAUACAUAAGACAGAUAGAAACCUGUUACUGCUGUACAUUUUAAAUCUUUUUUUUAGAGGGUUAGUAACAUGUCAGGAACCCCAUUGUUAUACACUCUAUACUGGUGUAAUAUUUGUGUUUUGGUAGGAAUGUUCAAGCUAAAGGAAUAAGGACGGAUAUCAAUAAUUUCUCUAUUCUCAAACAACGGUAACAACCGGCUUCUAACCAUGACCAAACCUCUCUUGCCCCUGUGUACAGAAACACGACCCUCCCACCAGUAGCAUUCCCUGCCUGCACUAUAGGAAGAUGAAGGAUCACGAGGAAAGGGAACAGAACGGAGAGGUGACACCCAACGCUGAAGUGUGUCCGGUGAAGCCUGGGAAGGAGGCAGACUCCGUGGAGAGACCAGACGAGCCUGACUCCACGGCCCAGGAGGACGCUACCGCUGUGGGCCUGGGGGAGGGAGAGGUGGAGGCGGAGAUAGAGACAGGCCUGGUCACAGAUGUGACCAUAAAGGGGUGCCCUGUCCUGCAUGGCAAGAUGCCCCACUCCUUUGAGAUGGCCCAGGGGGCUCUGGGACAGGUCAGGGCCAAGGUGGAGGUGUGCAAAGAUGAAUCGAUAGGUAAGGGUCAACACACUCCAUGAUGAGCAAUUGACUUGCCAGCAGGUAGUAGUUUUGAAUGCCAUGGCUGAUGGUAUGUUUGAUUUCUUGUAAACGUAGAGGAUAAAAGUGUGUUGGUGGACGUGGGCAUUGAGGUUUUCUAGACUUUGAUAGAACAUUUCAUAAGAAGAAUGGCUAUACACGUUAAUUAAAGCAACAAUUUAACCAAUACCCCUCCCUUAUUGAAAACCUGCCAGAAAUUGAGGAGUUCCGCAGCUACCUGGAGAAGUGCUUUGACUUUGAACAAGUGACCGUGAAGAAGUUCCGUACUUGGGCAGAGCGCAGGCAGUUCAACAGGGACAUCAAGAGGAAACAGGCUGAGUCAGAGAGACCCAUGCUGCCUGCCAACCAGAAACUCAUCACUCUGUCUGUAUCAGAUACCCCGACCAAGAAAGGUACUGGAUACAUCUGAAUUGUCACCCUAUUCACAGGGCCUAUAGGGCUCUGGUCAAAAGUAGUACACUAUAUAGGGAAUUAGGGUGCCAUUGUGGAUGCAUCCAUAGUCUAAUAACUAUUUCAGUGAGGAGUAUUGAGGUAAUCUCAACUUUUUCCUUUCUUUUUCUCAGAGUUUGUCAUUAACCCAAAUGGGAAAUCUGAAGUUUGCAUCCUACAUGAAUAUAUGCAACGUGUCCUAAAGGUCCGACCUGUUUACAACUUUUUUGAAUGUGGUAAGGCCCUCUUUUCUUCCCCCCUUCAUGAUGUUGAUUUCCACUAACUUGUCCAAGUGACAUGCUUUUCCUAGUACAAAACAAAUCACCAAAGCCCUGGCUGGAGAGCUGGCAUCAUGCAGUUAACACCAAAUGAAUCCUGUCUUUUCUAUAUCCCCAGAGAACCCAAGUGAACCCUUUGGAGCCUCUGUCAUUAUAGAGGGAGUGACAUAUGGCACAGGAACUGCAAGCAGUAAAAAACUUGCCAAGAAUAAAGCUGGUACAAUACUCUUAUCUCCUGUCAUUAUUUUAAUGUAUAUCCUCUGAAGCAGCUGCAAAGGCUGUAUGGAAACUAUAAGAUGUGUUUAAGUCAUAAACAGACCGUUUGGCUUGUUGUUUCACUGAUGUCUUCCCUGUAGCUCAAGCCACACUGGAGAUCCUUAUCCCUGACUUUGUGAAGCAGACGUCUGAGGAGAAGCUGGUAGAAGGGGAUGAGCUGGAGGUAUCAGCCUGCCAAUCAUUGGAAAGGCAUUUAAUUUAGUCACUGUCUGUGUUUGGUCUGAUAACAUGUCUCUUUUAUAACAUUUAACUUUACCAGCGGGUUGGUAGGCUGGAUGAAUACUAAUGUCCAUUCAUGCGUUUUUUGUUUCCUGCAGUAUUUUAAUCAUAUCAGUAUUGAAGAUUCAAGGGUGUAUGAACUGACCAAUAAAGCAGGCUUACUCUCGCCAUAUCAGAUUCUACACGAGUGCCUUAAGAGGUAAGACUCAAGACAUGAGGUGUAAGAAUAAUUGAAAUUCCUAGUUCUGAUCUGAUUAAUCUAUUAACCUUGAAUUUCAACCAUAUAUUGUGCCCUGCAGAAACCAUGGAAUGGGUGACACCAGCAUCAAGUUUGAGGUGAUCCCAGGAAAGAACCAGAAGAGUGAAUAUGUGAUGACGUGUGGCAAGCACACUGUGCGCGGAUGGUGUACGUUACCCCCACACUGACCCUCCAGUCACCACAGCAAGUCCCAGAUCUAAUCUGCUCCCUACCACUCUGUGUUAAUGUAGUGUAAAAGCAGCAUUACAAGUGCUCUGUGUGUUCUGUCAGAGCCAUAUAUAGAGAAUUCGGCCAACCUUUACACUGGACACCAUGUUUCUGCCUUUGUAUAUACAGUAUUAUGGCUCUGAUUUGUCCUGCUCAAAGCCGCUCUGUGUAGUGUAAAUGUGUUAGCAUUACAAAUGGGUGUAAUCAAUGUAUUUGUCUUAUUUUUCAGGCAAGAAUAAGCGUGUGGGGAAGCAGCUGGCGUCUCAGAAGAUCCUCCAGAUGCUGCACCCCCACGUGAAGAACUGGGGGUCACUGCUCCGCAUGUACGGCAGAGAGAGUAAUAAGAUGGUGAAGAAGGUAGGUGCUACCUGUACACCAGGGUUUCCGUUAGGAAAAUGUGGCGCCAGACAUUUGACCGGCAGCAUUUUAAUUUACCGGACAAAGUAAAUAUAAUUACAUUGCCAAAAUGAUAUAGCCUAAAUAGCUUAGUCCUGUCUAUACAGAAAUACAUAAAAUCAUUCAAAAUAGGCUACUACACCAGAAAGCAUGGUUUGGCCACAGAGGAUCAUUAGCUUUUAAAAAUAAUUUCCUCCUCCAGGUUAGAUGGAUGUCAUAUUCUGUUUGUCUCCCCUUCUCAUAGGCCCAGAGUAGGCUACCCUGUAAUUUUUGUAGUAUUAAAGAAAUAUUCUGCUAAUGUUUCCAGUCAUAUAAAAUGUAGUAGAUUUGCAUGAAAUGUGUUUAUGAAAGGCCAACAUUAUCCUGUGUUAUAGCCUAUGGUCUGCCUACUCUAUACUCUAAAUUAUAACUCCAAUCUAAUCAUCACAUUAGGAAUAGUAGGCUAUUUGACCUAAGUCUGCAAAUGAGGAUGCAUGGAAUGCUUUAUUUAAAGGUACAUUUUUAUGGUGAAAAUAAGUUUCCCCAAACUUGAAACCCACGCUCCGCUUAUGUAAGAAUAACUGUCCACAUUUACUUUUCCUCAACUAACAAGACGAAUAACAAACAGCAAAAUCACUAGCCUAUGUCAAUCUACUAACCCCCAUAGUAGAAAAGUUUACCUAUUCUAUUGGUCAGCUUGUCGUUCUGUGCGAGAAAUAAAUAGCCUAUUCCAAACAGACUCUGGGACAGUUGUGGGAUGAUAGGCUACAUCCAAAAAAAUUUAAAAGCAAUGAGGCUGAUGCAACAGAUCAGAACGUUUAGCUUAAAAUCUUGAUAAACUGUUAUUUCUUCACAUUCUAAGCGCAGCAAUGCACACAAGGUAGUAGGCUACCCGCGAAUGUUAGUUCCAUAAUGCAAUUAGCGGGAAAACACCAUUGUGAGGGGUUUCAUGUGACAGAGAUGAAAAUAUCCAUUUGAAAUUUAGAAAGAGGGGAUAUCUAAAUAUGCAACAACUAGCAUGGGUUGCUAAUAUGACUAGGAUUGUGCCUUUGGCUACUGCACAAUGAAAGAAAGCUGAUUUGAAAACCAAUAGAAUAUGAGAGGAAAGGCUACUUGUUUCAAUGGCAUAUGGAAGUCUUUAUAAAAUAAUUGCCUGCAUGUUUGGUUAGAUUUUGGCUAGGCUACUUUGAAACAUGGUAAGACAUGCCUCAAUAUAUAGUAAAACGUUCAGGUUUCAAACAAUUGAGUAUAUGUUUUCAAAAUGCAUACUGUCUCCAGCUCAAUGCAAAGUGGUGUGUGACGUGCUGAAGCCUGCCUAGUUGCCGAUGCACUUGAAUAGCGAAUGGGAAGCGUAUUCAAUUUACUAGUGGGGGUGGGGGGAAGGGAAUAGUAGGCCUAGCUCUUUUUAAUCAUGGCCAUGUUUGUUCGUUUUUUUUUACACGUGAUUGCCUUUAGAAUUGUUGCACAAUGAUUGGGCUUAUUAAAGCGUGUUUCACUCCAGCAGCAACAAACAGCUGUUUGAUGAGCUGUAGCAGCAUCUCUCCCGCUAUAUCGACUGGUAUUUCAAUCAAUGAAUAAUCAAAAAUGCAUUAUUUCGCAAUGGGAUUUUUUUUUCUUUUUCUCCUGGACAAUUGACCGGCACCAAUUAUAUUUAUCGACUUAAAAAAUGUAUAUAAACUCAGCAAAAAAAGAAACGUCCUCUCACUGUCAACUGUGUUUAUAUUCAGCAAACUUAACAUGUGUAAAUAUUUGUAUGAACAUAACAAGAUUCAUCAACUGAGACACAGACAUGAUUAACAGAAAUUGAAUAAUGUGUCCCUGAACAAAGGGGGGGUCAAAAUCAAAAGUAACAGUCAGUAUCUGGUGUGGCCACCAGCUGCAUUAAGUACUGCAUUGCAUCUCCUCCUCAUGGACUGCACCAGAUUUGCCAGUUCUUGCUGUGAGAUGUUACACCACUCUCCCACCAAGGCACCUGCAAGUUCCCGGACAUGUCUGGGGGGGAAUGGCCCUAGCCCUCACCCUCCGAUCCAACAGGUCCCAGACGUGCUCAAUGGGCUUGAGAUCCGGGCUCUUCGCUGGCCAUGGCAGAACACUGACAUUCCUGUCUUGCAGGAAAUCACGCACAGACCGAACAGUAUGGCUGGUGGCAUUGUCAUGUCAGGAUGAGCCUGCAGGAAAGGUACCACAUGAGGGAGGAGGAUGUCUUCCCUGUAACGCACAGCGUUGAGAUUGCCUGCAAUGAUAACAAGCUCAGUCCGAUGAUGACACCGCCCCAGACCAUGACGGACCCUCCACCUCCAAAUCGAUCCCACUCCAGAGUACAGGCCUCGGUGUAAUGCUCAUUCCUUCGACGAUAAACGCAAAUCCGACCAUCACCCCUGGUGAGACAAAACUGCGACUCGUCAGUGAAGAGCACUUUUUGCCAGUCCUGUCUGGUCCAGCGAUGGUGGGUUUGUGCCCAUAGGCGUCAUUGUUGCCGGUGAUGUCUGGUGAUGACCUGCCUUACAACAGGCCUACAAGCCCUCAGUCCAGCCUCUCUCAGCCUAUUGCGGACAGUCUGAGCACUGAUGGAGGGAUUGUGCGUUCCUGGUGUAACUCGGGCAGUUGUUGUUGCCAUCCUGUACCUGUCCCGCAGGUGUGAUGUUCGGAUGUACCGAUCCUGUGCAGGUGUUGUUACACGUGGUCUGCCACUGCGAGGACGAUCAGCUGUCCGUCCUGUCUCCCUGUAGAGCUGUCUUAGGCGUCUCACAGUAUGGACAUUGCAAUUUAUUGCCCUGGCUACAUCUGCAGUCUUCAUGCCUCCUUGCAGCAUGCCUAAGGCACGUUCACGCAGAUGAGCAGGGACCCUGGGCAUCUUACUUUUGGUGUUUUUCAGAGUCAGUAUAAAGGCCUCUUUAGUGUCCUACGUUUUCAUAACUGUGACCUUAAUUGCCUACCGUCUGUAAGCUGUUAGUGUCUUAAUGACCGUUCCACAGGUGCAUGUUCAUUAAUUGUUUAUGGUCCAUUGAACAAGCCUGGGAAACAGUGUUUAAACACUUUACAAUGAAGAUCUGUGAAGUUAUUUGGAUUUUUACGAAUUAUCUUUGAAAUACCUUUUUGCUGAGUUUAUAUAUGUGUGUGUGUGUAUAUAUAUAUAUAUAUAUUUAUUUAGUUUUUUUGCCGGCUAACGGAAACACUGCUGUACACCUCGUAUACUGUACCUCACCACAGCCACUCCACUGCUGUUGGGUCAGAUAGGGUCAUAUAAACUUCAGCUCAUCUUUGGAAAAACUGAUUUAUUACUGAUCUGAUGGCAUAUGCUGCUCCUCUUUCAACCAGAAAUCUCUCUCAUUUCUAUUGAUGUUGUUUUUUAUGUGUUCUUUGCAGGAAAAUUCAGACAAGAGUGUGAUUGAACUUCAG